CAAAGACUGCCCCCCUUGGCUAAUUUUUCAGCUGUCAAGAGAUCCCUGGCUCUCAAGAAGGAGGAGCUUUGGCAAUGCUUGGCAGAUGUAAACUUUUCAAGUUACCCAUCCUUUUGGAGACAGGUAAUAUCAAAGGGCACUAUGGAUUACAAUACAUGAGGAGUGUUUACAGCCUGGAAGAUUAUUUAUGUUUAGUGUUACCUCUAAAGUCACACACAUCCAAGCUAGGAGAAAAGGAACAGAAGGAACCCUCUCAUUAUCUUUUGAAAUAUGAAGAUCAGAGGAAAACCUGGGUUUAAAGUGCGGAGUGAUGGUCCUAGGAACCUCCUUAUAAAUUAGAAGGCAUCCUGCCCCUGUAAUAACAGAUCCAGGCACAGAGUUGAUUUUUAGACAUAGAGCGAAGCUCUGGAUUCAUCAUUGCUGCUGCAAACUUUGGGCAUCUACCUACUACUUUGUUAGCAGAAAAAAUAUUGUACCUUGCAAGGCGGUACUUUUAGCAAUUGGACCUUCCUAUUGAUGGAUUAAUUCAAUAGAGCUGCUGUUGGAAGUUGCUGCUGCAUAACUGCAGAAUGGGAAGUGGUAAAGAUGAUGGGCUACUGAACAGGAUUUCAUUCCCAGGACCAGCAUCCCUUGGGAGCAGCCAUGCAAAUCCUCAUGGGGUACCACUCAGAGAACCUUUUGGUGUUCCUAUCCACUUUGAUCCAACAUAUUGGGACCACCAAGCCUACAGUGGAUACUCUGGAAGGUUUUCCUACUUACCCUUUUCUGGAUACGUCGGAGUCUAUGACUAUUCUUUUGAGCCUGCUUUUAUCCGCAAGAGGAAUGAGAGGGAGAGACAACGGGUUCGUUGUGUGAACGAGGGCUACGCUCGCCUGCGAGACCAUCUUCCCAAGGAGCUUGCUGACAAGCGUCUCAGCAAAGUAGAGACUCUGAAAGCGGCCAUAAACUACAUCAAGCACCUUCAAAGUUUGUUAGACUGUGAUCCUCUAGGGACUACUAAGACAGCCCAUCCAGCUGCAGAGGCCUCAGUUGCUCCUGGUCUUGGUUUGGAAAAGGAAUGCAACAGUGAUGGAGAAUCUAAAACUUCAUUAGCUUCAUCCCCAUACAGUGAGCUUGAGGAGGUUUGCAGCUAGAAAACAGCAUCUUCAGAGAAGGACACUUCAAGACCACUUUCUCUCUCUCCCCCCUCCUUUUAAAGCAACCAUAUUUCUAAAUUUGCAUGGAUUUUCCCACAGGACAAUAUUAGUCUCCAGCAACAGGAUAAAAAGGUAUCUUAAUUA